GUAGAGGACAACUGCAAGCCCCAGGUAGCUCAGAAAAUACUUUGCUCUUGCAUCCUUCUUGAGCUACCACAAGUUACAUCCAUGCCUGAAAAGAAACAUAAGUGGCUCAUUCUAUACCAUCUUCUCUACCUUUCCAUCCUCAACUUUACAUCCUUCAUCAUUGCUGGUGAUCAAUUCGUCUACUCCAGCUUCAGAGAAGCAAAUCUCAGCCUAGACGGCACUGCCACAAUCAAACCAGAUGGGCUCCUUGAGCUAACCAACGGUAGCUUUAAUCUCAAAGGCCAUGCAUUCUACCCAACUCCUCUGCAUUUCCGCAAGUCAUCAGGUGAAAAUGUGAAAUCCUUCUCAGUCACCUUCAUCUUCAGCAUCCUCUCUGCCUACCCUGACAAGAGUGCAGAUGGCAUGACCUUCUUAGUCACAACAAACAAGAAUUUCUCUGAUGCAUUUCCAGCCCAGUACCUAGGACUCCUCAAUGAUCAGAACAACGGCAAUCCAAACAACCAUAUCUUUGCGGUUGAGCUUGACACCAUACAAAACAGUGAGUUCGAGGAUAUCAACGACAACCACAUUGGCAUUAAUAUUAAUGGUCUCCACUCGGUACAAUCCCAGGGUGCUGGUUUCUACGAUGACAAAAACGGUAUGUUCAAGAACAUGUCACUCAUUAGUCGUGAGGUGAUGCAGGUGUGGGUGGAAUAUGAUGGAUGGACCACACAGAUCGAUGUAACCUUGGGUCCCAUUAAAAUGGCUAAACCUAAUAGGCCACUAGUCUCAGCCAUCUACAAUCUAUCAACAGUUCUCACAGAUACAUCAUACAUUGGAUUCUCAUCUUCAACUGGUGUAAUUAACUCAAGAUAUUGCUUGCUUGGUUGGAGCUUCAGUAUGAGCAACACAACUCCAGAGAUUGACAUCACCAAGCUGCCAAAGUUACCUCGUGUUGGCUCCAGGUCACCAUCAAAGGUCCUGACAAUCAUUCUUCCAACAGCCAUUGCAUCAUUCAUCUUUGUUACUGGAAUCACCAUCAUUUUACUGGCACGGAGGAAAUUGGCAAACAAUGAGCUACAGGAAGAUUGGGAGGUUGAGUUUGGACCACAUCGGUUCACAUACAAAGAUCUGUUCCUUGCCACUGAAGGAUUUAAGAAUAAGAAUGUGCUGGGUGCAGGAGGAUUUGGGAAGGUGUAUAAAGGUAUACUUCCAACAUCUAAAUUAGAAAUUGCAGUGAAGAGGUUGUCACAUAACUCAAAGCAAGGAACAAAAGAGUUCAUCACUGAGAUUGUUAGCAUUGGCCACCUUCGACACCGAAAUCUCGUGCAGUUACUAGGCUAUUGCAGGCGAAAAGGUGAACUUCUAUUGGUAUAUGACUACAUGCCAAAUGGUAGUCUUGACAAGUUUCUAUACUGUGAAAAUGACAAACCUUCACUGGAUUGGGCUACAAGAUUUCACAUCAUAAAAGGAGCUGCAUGUGGCCUGCUCUACCUUCAUGAGAAGUGGGACAAAGUUGUAAUCCACCGAGACAUCAAAGCAAGCAAUGUGCUUCUUGAUAGCAAAUUCAAUGGACGGCUAGGAGACUUUGGCCUUGCAAAGUCAUAUAACCAUGGCACAGACCCACAGACCACACGUGUGGUUGGCACCAUGGGUUACCUGGCCCCAGAAUUGGUACGCAUGGGUAAAGCAUCCCCACUUACAGAUGUGUUUGCCUUUGGCACAUUCCUUCUUGAAGUGACAUGUGGGCAUAGGCCUGUAAAGCAAAAUGAGCUAGGUGAGCAUAUUAUGUUGGUUGAUUGGGUACUUGACCAUUGGCAGAAAGGAUCAUUGGUGGAGACAAUAGACAAGAGGCUAGAAGGUAACUGCAACAUAGAUGAGGCGUGCCUGGUUUUAAAACUUGGGCUCUUGUGCUCACAACCAUUCGCUAGUGCAAGGCCUAGUAUGCAUCUUGUAAUUCAAUACCUUAAUGGUGGCAUGCAGUUGCCAGAGUUCACACCAUCAGAUAUAAGCAUCAACAUGCUAGCCUUUAUGGAAAAUAGGGGAUUCAAUCCUUCCUUGAUUUCAUACCCACAGCUGACAAUGAGUGUUGGCACAAUGUCAAGCCUCUCAGGUGGAAGGUAAAAAUGAUUUGAGGUCAUUAAUCAGAGCAAUAGCAGGUUUCUUUUGUAUAUUACACGGGGUGAUAUCUAUUAUUGCAUAUUUCAGAA